GGUGAAAUUGUUGUGAAACAACUACAAUUCCCUGGCAUCGAAAUGUACGUCAAUUACGCGCCAUUGAACCGCUGCGAUUUAUCGUUUGUUUUUAGCUUGGACGCCUGCUUGCUGGCUAGCUAGCUAACGUUAGCUAGCUUUCCAUCAAUGCUUACCGCUUAUUCAAUCGGACAUACAACGAGAUUAUUUAUCUUUCUGUUUUUUAAUUUUACUAUUGCUAAAAAAAAUUAUACGAAUCUUACCGACAUAUUCAUGUCAUCCGAUGAACUGUGUAGUUUUCGAAAGAUUGCUUCACUUGCUAGCUAGCAAGCGAGCUAUCUUAAUUUCCGGUGUUUUUUGUUGUUGUUUUAUUCGCUAACUAACGUUAACUUUACAACGAUUUUGGAAGCUAUUUCUAAAGUAGAUAUCUAUCUAUUUUUUUUGUUGGAYGUACAAAAUACAAUUACUCUGUUAGUAGUUGAAGGUAAGGAAGUCAACAUGCCGGUACAUUCUCGAGAAAAMAAAGAAAGUAACCACGAGGAGAUGGAAGUCGACUAUCCCGAACAAGAUGGGAGCAGUUCAGACGAGGAUGACACUGAGAGCUCGUCCGUGUCAGAGGAUGGGGACAGCUCGGAGAUGGAUGAUGAGGACUGUGAAAGGAGAAGGGUGGCGUGCCUUGAUGAAAUGACAAAUCUGGAGAAACAAUUUGGAGACCUGAAAGACCAGUUGUACAAGGAGAGGUUGAGUCAGGUGGAUGCCAAACUCCAGGAGGUGAUUGCAGGCAAGGCUUCGGAGUACCUGGACCCCCUGGCAAGUCUGCAGGAGAACAUGCAGAUCAGAACAAAGGUUGCUGGGAUCUACCGGGAGCUCUGUAUAGAGUCUGUAAAAAACAAGUACGACUGUGAAAUCCAAGCAGCUUUCCAGCACUGGGAGAGUGAGAAGUUGCUAUUGUUUGAUACAGUGCAGAGUGAACUUGUGGAAAAGAUCAGGCGACUGGAGGAGGACAGGCACAGUAUAGACAUAACCUCAGAGCUCUGGAAAGAUGAGCUGCACUCAAGGAAGAACAAGAGGAAAGAUCCAUUUAGUCCAGACAAAAAGAAGAAGCCAGUUGUUGUGUCAGGACCAUAUAUUGUCUACAUGCUACAAGACUUGGAUAUACUGGAGGAUUGGACAGCAAUCAGAAAGGCUGUGGCUACUUUGGGACCUCACAGAGGUAACACUGAUGUCUCCACCAAUAAGAAUGAAAAGUAUCAGCAUAACGCUCGAUCAGAAGAGGGAAAGUUGAGUUAUGARGGAGAAUGGUACUGCCGUGGACAGACGAUAUGCAUCGACAAGAAAGAUGAAUUUCCCACAAGAGCCAUAAUUACCACAAUCAACCACGAUGAGGUUUGGUUCAAACGACUAGACGGCAGUAAAUCCAAGCUGUACAUCUCUCAGCUCCAGAAAGGCAAAUACACUAUCAAACACUCCUAAUUAUCAGGUCAACUUGCACCACUCCCUCUCCAAAGCUCAGGAGUUAUUCAAAGAUCCCCAUGGUGCCAUCUUCUGCCUAUUUCAAGUUUUCUAAUGAAUUCUGAAUUAAAUACUUAAAAUACAAUUUAUAUGAAAUACAAUUUUUUGUUAAUUUCAUGAGAUGGGUGUGGGUCCUCUAAAUAGUAUUGUGUGUGACUGUAGGUGUGAAUAUGACCAUGUUCCAAUGGCAUUUAUAUUGGGCAAGACAGACGGAUAUGGAGAACAUGAGUUUCCAGACUCUUUUUCUACAGGUUUGCCUUAACAAUAGCUCAAAGCAUUCAGAUGAGAAAAUGUACAGUAUAAUGGACUAGCACUGCAAGAUCUAUAGAAAGUUACAUGGGACAUCAGUAUAGAUCAGUAUAUUAGCCUCUCAUGUACAUUGACAAGUAUCCAUUAUCUCUUGCCAUACCCAUCUCUGCCAGUUGUACUUUUUGUAAUUUAUGAUCAAUUCUUUGUUAGUGGUACGGUACUGGUGAUGACUGUCUGUUUAACUUUAACACUUAUGUCUUACAUCUUCCAAUGCAGUAUUCAUUUGUUUCUUGCUGUCUGUCUUAAUGACAUUCCUACAUAGGGUUUUAAAAUUCUAGUAAUGUUCCCAAAAUUCCCAGGUUUUCCAGAUAACCCGGUUGAAAGUGUCCCAGAAUCAGAAGCGAAUAAGCAGGAAAUCCGCCCUAGAUUUCUGGAAAACCGGUGAAUUUUGGGAAAGUUACCAGAGCUCUGCAACCCUACCUGUACCUCACUUUGAGAUGCUGUGGGUUUGCUAGAAAGGAACCACUGUCUUAAUGUACAGAAUAAAAUGGGCCUGCAUGUUUUAUAUAAAUAAAGGGGAAAAUCUGUCUAUAAACUUUCUGUAUUUUUUAGAGCCAAUACAUUUUCUGAGAAGAUCCAGUGAAAUGCACAUUACUUUUCUACACUUAGCUUUUCCAUAAUCUCAUGUCAUGUGUGCUUGAGGUCAGCAUCUAUGUCCAUAUUUCUACAACAGAGUAAAAAACAUAUCUUAAGCUGUUUUACUUGGGAUAAAGAUAUGCCCCUAAAUCACAGAACAGUUUGGAGAUUCCUGUCUUGUUUCAUGUAUAAAAGUUGCUGCAAUACCAUAAUUUGCCACAGCCAAUUUCUCCUACCUAAACAGCCAAGUGUUUUAUGAAAGCUUUUUUUUUACUUGCCCAAACACUACUGCCAAGACUAAGAUCAAUAUUUGAAAUGUGUAUUGAACUGUACUAAUGUGAAUGUUGGUGUGAAAAUAAUAUGAACUGUUUUGUUAAAAAAAUAACAAAUGACUUGUAUGUUGUAUGCAAGGUUGCAGCAAGGAGUAGUCUGUUCUUGCCUUUUGGGAGAGUAUCAAUAUGAAUGUGGUGUUAAGUAUUUAGAUUUCAUCAUGACUGCCUGUAUGUUCAUAAACAUGAGAACAUUUGACUAAACAAAAAGUAAACAUAGUGAAACAAUACA